AUGUCGACCCAAACUGUUCGUGUUGCCGUCACCCAAGCCGAACCAGCCUGGUUGGAUCUCGCAGCCGGGGUGGCAAAGACCUGUGAUUUGAUCACAGAGGCUUCUAAGAACGGGGCGAAGCUGAUUGCCUUUCCCGAAUGUUGGAUACCCGGGUAUCCCUGUUGGAUAUGGACCCGACUACUCGACGUUGAGCUUAAUGUAGCCUAUAUCAAGAAUUCAAUCCGUCUAGAUUCUCCCGAGAUGAAGCAGAUUCAGCUUUGCGCAAGCACCAAUGCAAUCGCUGUCUCUUUGGGCUUCUCGGAAAAUUUCAGUGACUCGGUUUAUAUCGCUCAGGUAAUGAUUGGACCAGAUGGAGAGAUCAAGGCUCAUCGUCGCAAGAUGAAGCCUACGCACAUGGAGCGAACAAUAUUCGGUGAUGCCUCAGGUGAAUGCUUCGCAAGUGUCGUACAGCUUCCAUUUGCACGAGUUGGUGCACUGUCAUGCUGGGAGCAUAUUCAGCCUCUGCUGAAAUAUCACACCUUAUCCCAGCAGGAAGAUAUCCAUGUUUCAGCAUGGCCUAGUCUCACUCCUCACAGUGGUGGCUCAGAUCUGUGGUCUAUGUCGGCAGAAGGCUGCCAUAGUCUUUCCCAAACAUACGCCAUAGAGUCGCAGAGUUUCGUGCUCCAUUGCACUGCACUGAUUACUCAAAAGGGUAUCGAGAAAAUGAACACGUCUGGGGGAGCGCUGAUGUCAUCUCCUGGAGGAGGUAGCUCGGCCAUCUUUGGCCCAGAUGGUAGAAGAUUGACGGAGCCUGCUGAUAGUACAACGGAAAAGAUCAUUUAUGCCGAUUUGGAUAUGGAUCAAAUCGUGGCCACCAAGAUUUUCGCAGAUGCUACCGGCCAUUAUAGUCGCCCAGACCUCAUGACGCUUCACGUUCGCAAGCAGGUCAAGAAGAUGGUUCACGAUGAGGAAGCAGUCGAGAUUGUGAAAAGCACCAAAGAAGGCGACAUACAGAGCGAGGUCAUUUAA